AUGGAUGAACACUCCAAUUUAUUAUUGAAAGCAAAACAAACUCAAAGAGAAUCUUUGAAGGAAUCAGAGUACCUUUCAGCACAGCUACAGAAAAGUCUCGAAACAUUAAUAAGGAGCAAUUCUCGAAAUGACAUCAAUGGGCCAUCUUCAUUAGAUAAAAUCACCACCAUACAUCAGAUAGAUAAUGAGAUCAAUAGACAAUUAAACAAGGAUAUUUCCGUUAACUUCCAGGACUUAUUGAACGAUAAGAAGCGAUUGGUCAAAAGGAUGAAUAAAUGUUACAAACUGUUGCAACAAUCGAAAACGGGGAAUCUUGUUGAUAAGCUUCAGAAGAAUAGUGAGCUCAUUGAUCAAGAGUUACGAAUAUUGGAGAAAACCUUGGAGAAUAUUCAACGGACCUGA